AGGCCUUUUAGACACUAAAGGUGUCUACAUCUUAGAUUGCUGGUCUGAUGUCUUCAUUUGGAUUGGCCGUAAGUCCCCACGACUUGUGAGGGCAGCUGCAUUGAAGCUGGGCCAAGAGGUGUGCAGUAUGCUCCAUCGGCCAAAACAUGCCGUGGUCAUCCGUAAUCUGGAGGGCACAGAGUGCCAGGUCUUCAAAUCCAAAUUCAAGAAUUGGGAUGACGUGUUGAAGGUGGAUUAUACCAGGAACGCAGAGAGUGUAAAGCAAAAUGAGGGCUUGAGUGGAAAGGUGAAGAAGGAUGCAGAACAGAAGGACCAGAUGAAAGCCGACCUAACAGCUCUGUUCCUUCCUAGACAGCCAGCAAUGCCUCUCACAGAGGCGGAGCAGAUGAUGGAGGAGUGGAACGAGGAUUUGGAUGGCAUGGAGGGAUUCGUUCUGGAGGGGAAGAAGUUUGCCCGUUUACCAGAGGAGGAGUUUGGUCACUUUUAUACUCAGGAUUGCUAA